CCUAGACUCAAUGCAGUGAGUGGCAUAUCAAUUUCAAGUGAGACAAAGAAGAAACAGCUUAUUCCCUUUCUCAGAAGGCAUAUUGGGGCUUCUGAUGUCCCCCAUGUGUCUCCUCUAACCAAAUGCAGUAAUUCCAACCAUGUUUUUUCCUCUAACCAAAGAUAUUACGUUCUUGCUGUCGGGUUGGAUUCGCGCCAGUCUUUGCCACGUUUCGAGAGACCACUGGUCCUUUUUUGGGCAGGAAAAUUGGAAAGGGAAAGCGGACUUCUUGACCCCCCACUUUCGUCUUCCCUGACAUCUCCGUACUCAUGGACCAGAGUACAAAUGGCCAGAGUGCAGUUUGAAGGUAGAACGCAAGAGCAAGGCAACCUCAACCUGCUGUGCUGAUCGGACCGGACUCUGAACUCCAGCGGGUAAUCGGAUCGACCAGCAAGGGAAAUGGCGACACCCAGAGAGCACAUAGAGAAGAUCAGAAGGAAGACGUUCAAGAUCGGGGGGGACGAACCCGACGUGACCAAUCUGUAUCUGCAUCACGCCAUCAACUAUCUGGCCGCUGAGCUCUACACCAAGGACGUCCACUUCCUCAUGGAGCUCAUCCAGAAUGCGGAGGACAACGAGUACUUGGAGGGGGUAAAACCGUCACUUGAAUUCGUGAUAACUUCGCGGGACAUUACGGCGACCGGAGCUCCGGCGACCUUGCUGGUCUUCAACAACGAGAAGGGCUUUUCCGCUAAAAACGUUGAGUCCAUUUGCGGCAUUGGAUUCUCCACUAAGAAAGGCCAGCGAAAACGAGGCUACAUCGGCGAGAAAGGAAUUGGGUUCAAGAGUGUAUUCCUCAUCACAACACAGCCUUAUAUAUUCAGCAAUGGUUAUCAGAUACGGUUUAAUGAAGAGCCUUGCCCACAUUGCAAAAUUGGAUACAUUGUCCCGGAAUGGGUUGAUGACAACCCAACACUUUCCACCAUAAAACAAAUAUAUGGCUCUGACUCUGACCUUCCAACCACAACAAUUGUCUUGCCUCUGAAGCCUGACAAGGUUAGCCCUGUAAAGGUGCAACUCUCGAAAAUCCAUCCUGAAGUUCUGUUGUUCCUUUCAAAAAUAAAGAGGCUUUCAGUCAAGGAAGACAACGAGGAUCCUAGUCACAAUACAGUGAGCGCAAUAUCCAUUUCAAGUGAGACUGAUUGUACUGCAAAGAAGAAUAUUGAUGCUGAGACAUAUGUGCUACAUCUUUCAGCUGAUAAAAAUGAUGACAAUUUGGAGAAAGAAUGCAACUAUUACAUGUGGAGGCAGAAGUUUCCAGUCAGGCGGGAAUAUAAAGUAGAAAGACGGAUGGAAGUGGAAGAGUAUCUGAUCACAUUGGCGUUUCCAAAUGGACAGCGUCUAAACAGUGGGACUAAAUAUCCUGGGGUAUAUGCCUUUCUCCCAACUGAGAUGGUUACAAAUUUUCCUUUCAUAAUUCAAGCAGAUUUUCUACUAGCAUCUUCAAGGGAAACAAUUCUUUUGGAUAAUAAAUGGAACCAAGGUAUUCUCGAAUAUGUGCCCAGUGCUUUUAUCAAUGCAUUCAUUUCCCUGGUGAAAACUGUGGAGGGAGCCCCUGUAUCUACUCUGGCUCAUAUGUUCGAGUUCGUACCCAUCAACAUCCCUCCUUACCCUGCGCUGAAUGCUGUGAGGGACAGUAUUAAAGCCAAACUGGUUAAUGAAGACAUAGUUCCCUGCGAGUCUUACAUGGAGCAGAAGUUAUUUCGGAAGCCUAUUGAAGUGAGUGUGGUAAUGCCUGCUUUCUGGAAUAUACUGAACAAGGCAAGGAAGGAUGGGGUGAGCUUGGAUAAUAUCUCAUCCCAUGGGAGAUAUGUGCUAAGUUCUUCAUUUGACAGAGAGAAGUAUGAUCAAGUGUUGGACUUCUUGGGGGUUAAACCCGUGGAGGAUGAAUGGUAUGUUAAGUGCAUCCGCAGUUCUAAUCUCAUACUAGGAGUCUCAGAGGAGGUGUAUUUAGAGCUACUAUUAUUUGUAGCCAAGAACUGGAGGCCAAAUUUUCAGAAUACUAGCAUCAAGGACACUUUGCUUCUGAAGUAUGUGAGUUAUAAUGGUGAUGUCUCUUUAUUUAGUAUAAAGUGUGUCUCACAGUGGUACGCAGGGAAGGUACUAGCUUGCAAGCCUCAUUAUCUACGAUGGUUGAUCAAUUGGAACAGAGAAUUUGGAAGUUCUGCAGGCCCAUUUUUUAUUCCUAAAUCUACACAAGAAGCUAUACAACAGCAACAAUGGUCUGAGAAGCAGAUAUUAUUGGAGUGGCUUUCAAAUGAGGUGAAGGUUCAGACUGUAAGUGUGUACAACUAUGCAGCCCUUCUUGUUGAUUUGCUGAAGGGUGAGAGGAAGCGAGCUGUUACUUUUGUUCAUUUCUUAUAUCACUCGCUUUCAAGGAACCACUUGUCUGAGAGCGAUGUUGGGCGAUUGUGUUGCAAUAUGCCACUUGUGGAUAACUAUGGGCAGGUAACCACACGAAGGAAUCAAGUUCUUGUUCCUGCUAAUGGAAGCAAAUGGGUUCGUCUGAUCGGAUCAAAUCCGUGGAGAGCUGAAGGCUUUCUUGAACUAGCAGAAGACUAUCUGCGACCAGUCAAAUAUGCAGGUGUUUUAACCCCUGGGAAAGAGCUUAUUCCCUUUCUCAUAAGUCAUAUUGGGGCUUCUGAUGUCCCUGAUGUGUCUCCACCCAAUGCAGUAAUUCCUACAUUGUCUGCUCCUCUAACAAAAGAUAAUACGUUCUUGCUGUUGGAAUGGAUUCGGAACUUGAUGCAGAAAGGGGUUAGCCUGCCAAAAAUAUUCUUGAAAUGCAUAAAGGAGGGAAGCUGGAUGAGGGUUUCUUUGGGCAGCAGUCCAGGCUACUGGCCUCCAUCUCAGUCAUUCCUACCAAACUCAUCGUGGAGCCAUGUUCUGCAGAAUGAAAAUGUGCUAGUUGAUAUCCCAAUAAUUGAUAAGAAUUUCUAUGGUUCUGAAAUAAUCAAAUAUAAAGUGGAGCUUGGAGAAAUAGGAGUGAUGUUUGAUUAUGGAGAGGCUUGCCAAUUUAUCGGGAAGCAUCUCAUGUCUUCGGCAGCCUCCUCCUCUCUAACGAGAGGGAAUGUUUUUUCGAUAUUGAAGUUCAUAAAGUUUCUGAGGGAGGGAAUUCUGCCUGCUCAGAACUUCAUCCAAAGUAUCCGGGAAGGGAAAUGGAUACGAACUUCACUUGGCGACAGAUCCCCAGUUGGAUCUGUUUUGUUUGAUCAGGAAUGGGAAACUGCAUCGCAGAUGAGUGCCAUCCCAUUUAUUGAUAAAGAAUACUAUGGGGAGGAAAUCCUUCAGUUUAAACCCGAACUUCAGUUGUUGGGCGUGGUAGUUGGAUGGAGUGAGAAUUACCACCUUGUUGCUGAAUAUCUGAAACCUGCAACGGGCAUCAAUGUUCGAACGGCUGGGUCUGGUCUUUUCAUUUUGAGCUGCAUGCGCCAUUUAGGAUCACCUGAUAAAUUAAUUAAAGUCUUUAAAGACAUUAAAUUUUUGAAGACAAACAUGGGCUACAUGGCUCCAGUUGGGUCUCAUCUUAUCAGUCCUGAAUGGGGCUGUCUCCUUCAAAUUUUUGACAGCUUUGCUCUAAUCGAUGAAAAUUUUUAUGGGAGCAGCAUCUUCUCAUAUAAAAAUGAAUUAAAGAAACUGGGGGUGGUAGUGGAUUUUAAGCAGGCAAAAAAGGUAUUUGCUCAUGUGUUCAGGCAGCAAGGAGAGCUCUCUACUAUUGGAAAGGAACAUGCUUUCUCUUUGCUGGCCUGUUACAGAAAGUUCACGGGUACAUCUUUUGAAUUCUGUGAUGAUUUGAUGAGAUGUAUCUUUGAGGUUAAAUGGUUGCGAACUCGCCUGGGUGAUUUCAGAGUCCCGAGAGAGUGCAUUUUGUUUGGACCUGAUUGGGAAUCUAUAUCUUGCAUAUCUCUGCUUCCUUUCAUUGAUGACGCUGACAAUUGGUAUGGCAAGGGCAUCUAUGAAUAUGAGAAGGAGUUGGAAAGGAUGGGAGUUAAAGUUGCCUUCAAGGAUGGAUGCGGGUUUGUGGCUACCGGACUUAAGUUACCAUUUGAUCCCAGCUGCAUAACUCCUGCAAAUGCUUACUCAUUACUUGAAUGUAUUCGCAUUUUACGGACACAGAACAAUGACACUUUACCUGAUUCUUUUCGGGAGAAAGUGUCUAAAAAAUGGUUGAAAACCACUUUUGAUUAUAGGCCACCUGGUAAGUGUUUGCUUUAUAAAUCUGAUUGGAAGUCAUUGCAACGGGAGGAUGGACCUUUCAUUGAUGAAGAAUUUUAUGGCUCCAACAUUACAUCCUAUGCCAAAGAGCUCAACGCAAUUGGAGUAACUAUUGAUGUAGGAAAUUGGGGACCCUUGCUUGCCAAUCACCUGCAUUUCUGUUCCAAGUUAAGUACCAUUGUUCGAAUAUAUAGUUACUUGCAAGACUGCAAUUGGAACCCUGAAAAAGGAUAUGAAAAGAAAAUUUGGAUCCCUAGUGGAAGUGAUGAUGGUGAAUGGGCAGCACCCCAAGAAUGCGUCCUGCAGGACAAGGAUGGGCUGUUUGAUAAGAAAUUGAAUGUGUUGGAGAAGCAUUAUGGAAAGGAGUUACUUCUUUUUUUCUCAAGUGCUCUUGGAGUGAAAUCCUAUCCUUCCCUUGUUGACUAUUGUGAGCUCUGGAAGGAAUGGGAGUUAUGUGGACUGCCCAUAACACUCGAAAGGUGUUGUGCGUUCUGGAAAUUUGUUGUAAGCCAUUGGAAUACAAAAACAGUGAAAAGGCUUGGUGAACGUUUGAUGAAACUGCCUGCAUAUUCAGUAUCAGAUGAAAUUUUGUUGAUUGACAGGCAUGAUGUUUUUAUUGCUGAUGACCUUCGUCUGAAGGAUCUUUUUGAGCCGUCGAGCUCCCAGCCUCUAUUUGUUUGGUAUCCCCAGUUGAGCAAUGAAUCUUUGCCUCGGUCUAAGCUGCUUGAAGUUUAUUGCAAAAUUGGAGUCCAAAACAUAUCUGAAUCUGUCCAGAAAAAGGAAAUAUCCGUAACUGAAGGUGUUGGACUUCAGGAAGUUAGUCCCAGGGAAAUUUUAAUUGGAAAAGGGAUGCUUAUGCUGAUCCUAGGUUUUCUAGCUGGACCUGCUCUCAAAAUGGAAGCAGAGAAAAGGCAUGAAGUUGUGAGAUGUCUACUUAAUCUGACUGUCUUUGAGACAGCGGAGCCAGUCAAAAUUUGUUACAGUUUAUCGCUCUCAUCAGCGGAGAAGUUGAAAGCUGAGGCGACACCAAUGAUUCGUUGGGAGAGGGAGAAUAAAGAGCUUUUUGCACAAAAGGUGAACAGGUGGGGCGGGCAUAGAAGUAUCAUUGAAUAUGCUACAUCUUUUUCUGAAGUGAUAUCUGCUGGAUUACUAUGGGAAAAUGAAGACCAAAUGCAUCAACUGGCAGAGCUGAUCAAAUUAGGCUUCCUCUUGGAAUUUGAGGAGCAAGCGAUUGGGUUUCUCAUGAAAACCAAGAAUCUUCAGCUAUUCGCAGAGGAUGAAAGGUUCCUAUCUUCUGCUUUCCCUUCCGAUUAGUCAUGAAUCUUAGGUGCUGUUCUUUUGAAUGCCUCAAGUUCAUCUUUAUUUGGCCUAUCUUUUUGUAUCUGUCUCUUGUUUUUGUGCUUUUUAAGUGAAGAACACAUGAUCUAGUGGUGUUUUACUUAUCGGGUGGGACUGGUUGAAGUUUCCAAGUGUUUUUGAAAUAUAUUUCAGUGGCUACUUAUCUAAAGUAUGUAAUGAAUUAUAAUACAUUACUAUAGCUUUAUUGUUAUUGCUGUCUUGAUGUAGUUGCUGUAUAACAUUUCAUUCUUGUGUCUUAUGAGGACAUUAUCAAUGUCAAUGAAUCA